CUGAACAUCUACAAAUAUGGAGACGAUCUCGACAACCCACCUGAAGGCCUCUCCGUUAAAGUGGAAGAUCCUGACGAUAAAGACCAUCUCUAAUGUCUGUCAUUCUCUCCAGCCACUCCUGUGUUUUAUUUGGAGACAAAAAAAAAAAAUGUGGGCUGUCGUGUGACUGAGAAACCAGAAAGCACAAAGUCCUCUGUCCUGAAGACUCUUCCAUCUUGGGAAACUUACUGACUGAUACCUGGGUCUCCUUCCAUAAAUGUUAAAUAAAUGUGUCAUGAUGUCUUCAACACAUUAGAAGAUUAUAGGUUUUUUUUUUUUCCUUUUCCUCUUUCUUCCACCCGUGUUUUUUCUCCAGUGUGGUCACCUGCUAGUAUCCACCCACUAGCCAGGUCUUUCUAACCAUGUGAGUGAAGGCUAACAUGUACUUCCUCCAAGACAUGUAAAGCCAUCAAACUCCUCUUUUUCAACUGAAGCUCAUGCUGUGUGUAAAUGACUCUUAUUGAUGGUAUAUAAGCAAGUUAACUACUUCCUGUAAGUUUUAUUUUUGUUAGUGCCUUUUACGUUUUCGGUUCUUUUAUUUUGAAGCCCUUCUGGCGUACACUCAUCUGAGAGUCAGCAACUUGCCCAUAGGUGUUCACACGUGAACUGCAGCUAAUUGAAGAGUGUACGGAAGGAAAAGGUGUUUUGAAGACGUUGCCUUGCAAUGUAAAGUUUCAUUAUGGAUAAUUAAGCGCCUAGCUGGAAAUGGGAACAAGGUAUUGUUUCAACUUGUUUUAUGACUGAUUGCUGUGACGUGUUAUCCUAAUUAACUGCUGAAAGGGUGUUUACAUAUAUCGUUGUUGUAUUAGCCAUGCUAAGGUUAGCUUAUGCAAAAGGGUGCUAUAUGGAUAAGCUGUAACGUCGUGUUAAUGCUGGUUUUCUAGCUUUUCAUGUGCUUUGACCGAUUUUAUAUGUGAGUGAAUAUUUGAUAAAUGUCCACAUGUGUGGUUAACUGGCAUUAUGGAAAUGUUUGCUUGUGAGAGCUCAUUUUUUUUAUUUAUCCAUCUGCAGCUCUUAUGGUGUUUGUGAAGAAAGGUUGUGAAGGAAAGGAAGUAUAUUUGUGUGCAAAUUAAGGAUGACGACUGAACAUAAUAAAUGCUUCUUGAAACAUCAGUAAGCUUCAUCAUUGUCUGGCUGGGGUUCGCUAUAGUAAGAGCUUGCCCUCAUCGAUCUGACGACUUGCUGCCAUUAUGACGGGCCAUGAUGGAGGGUCUUCUUGGCGUGCCUGCUGCUGCUACUACUUCGCCAUGUGCUGUCUACAUGGAUUCAUCAUGAACAUGUCCCGACGUGUCAGCACAUGAUCCACUUCGGCAAUCCAGGCAGCGGUUUCAUGGAUUCGACGCAAUGGUCAAGUACGGUCACAUUCACUGACACUGAAGCAGAACUGUGAGUACACACCUAUACAGUAUUACAGUCUACAGACUGCAACAAGGUGAGCUCCACAUGAACAGCCCUUUUAGACUGAACCAGUGAACUUUUCAUACUCAUCUUCUCAUCUACAGCAAAGGAGAGAAACUGUUGCUUACACUCACACAUGAACACGUUCACAUAGACUCUUUUAUUAAAGACAUUUCAUAUUUUUUGCAUACCAAGUACUUUGAGAAGUGUGUUCAUUACAGUACUUACCUGGACAUUUCCAGUUGUUUGAGUGUCUGCACGUUAAUGCAGCUCUGCUAGUUGUUCAUGCUCAUAUUCUGAUUUUUGCAUUUCAAGUACUUUUAAGGUUUGCCUUUAUUGUAAUACUUACCUGGAUAUCUACAGCAACUUUGUUUAUUGCAAAGGUUCGAUCAUACUUGUUAAGAGGUUUCUUCUGACUUAAUAAUUUCAAAUUGAGUUGAUAAUGUCAAAGUCAGGUAGCUUCAAGGAGACAGAGGAGCAGAUGCCUGGUUCCCAGCACAAAGUUCAAGACUUCCAGAGUGAGCUCCACUCAGUGGCAGUUGUAUCUGAGACACCUGGCCUGAAAGAACCUGAAGGGCCUCGACGCUCUGAACAUGCACGGAACCCAACAGAGAAAAUGCGCGCACUACAAGAUGAAGAGGCCAAGAGAAAGGAGAAAUGGCUGCUCUCCAUGUACAAAAAAUGGAAGCUCGACAUGUGCAAAGCAAGAGAUCAGCUGAAGACAUACAUGUCAGAGAGUGAGCUCUGGCCUCUCAUUGAAGAGCUUAAGAAAGUGAAGGAAGACAUAAUGAACCUGUAUUUUGGAAUUCGAGAUCUUGCCACACCUUCCACCGGCGUGAGAAGAAGAGUUGACACUUGCGAAUCAGUUACCACAGAAAUCGUCACCAUUGCCUACGGCAGAGCAAUAGACGAAGAAGGUGAGUUUAAUGAGGACAUGGAAAGACGCCGCCUUCAUGAACUGCUCCACCGUGACUAUGCAAAGUCUGUCUAUGGAUCUGCUGCUUCCUUGACAAGUCACAGCAAGUCUGACCAACACUCCACAGCUUUGUCCAUGGCAGCCAAGCGUGCAGAUGCAGCUGCAGAGCUAGCAGUGAAGGAAGCAAAUUAUGAAAUGAUGGAGGCAGAAGAAAGACAAACAGAAGUCAUCAGAGAGUUAGAGGAACAACAGCAGAAGGCUCUGGAGGCACAAAGGCAUGAGUUGGAGUGAUUGCAGGCAGUGAAGGAAGUGCGGGCAGCUCAAGCUAAGCUAAAGGUAUACGAUAAAAGAGUCGGAACACGAAGCUGCUGAUUGCAUUAAUGAUGAAAGGAACAAGGAAACAGUGUGCGCCUGUAACUGCAGUCCCUCUAUCAUGUUGCAACACCCCCUCACACAGAUUUUUUUCCCCUCUUGUUCGGGUCUUUCAAGACAGCAUAGCCUUAAAUAGGCUCCCUGUUCCAGAGCCAUUUGUCUUCAAUGGUGAUGCAAUACGGUUCAUUGAAUGGAAAGCAGCGUUUACCUCACUCAUUGACCAAAGAGCAAUCACACCAGUUGAAAAACUCUAUCUGAAGAAACACGUUGGUGGUCCAGCAUGCCAGGUGCUAGAAGGCACUUUCUUCCGGAAUGAUGAUGAUAGCCUAUCAGGAAGCCUGGAACAAGCUGAAUCGUCGCUUUGGCCAGCCAUUUGCCAUUCAGCGAGCAUUCAGAGAGAAGCUUACCAAUUGGCCAAGGAUUCAACCUACGGAUGUUCAAGGACUCAAACUUCUCAGAUUUUCUGAAUGCCUGUCAAGAUGCCAUGCCUCACGUCAAGGGUCUUGACAUACUAAAUGACUGUGAGGAGAACCAGAAGCUUGCCCACAAACUACCAGACUGGGCAGCUUCACACUGGAACCGACAAGUCACCCAAUGCCUGAACGAGAAGCAAGAAUUUCCAAGUUUCAAGGACUUUGUAACAUUUGUGUCAACUGAAGCUGAGAUUGCCUGCAAUCCAAUUACAUCGCUUCAUGUUCUUCAUUCAUCAGACUCGAACACUGAGAAGAGAAAUCUCAGAGACACAAAGAGAAACAAGGCCAGUGUUCUCACCACUCGCAUAGCUACAGACAACACAAAUCAAAGGUCAGACCAGAGAAGGGCUAAAGCUCCAUGCAUCCUUUAAGAUAACAGACACCAACUUCAUGCAUGUCCCAAGUUCACAGGGAUGUUGUUGGCAGAAUGACAGAACUACGUAAAGGAGAAGAAACUGUUACGGAUGCUUAAAAUCUGGACACGGUGCAAAAGACUGUCGUCAUAGUCACUGCUGCGACAACUGCAAAGGAAGGCAUCCUACAGUCCUCCAUGAUUACAACUAUGGAAAGAGAGGGGGCGCUGCACAGUGGCGACCUGCAGCACAGUUUGUCGGCGUGUUUGAUGUUCAAUGUUUUUGUUCUACGUGACUUAUUUUGAAAAUAACGUAGAUAAGUUCGACCACAGUCAUUGUAGGCCACCAUGAGCCGUAUAUGGACAUUAGUUUUGUUAUUAUUUUUGUUAGCAGUUACCGCGGUGGUGUUCUCAGCAUGCAAACCAGCCGGCGAAUCUGGGGCACAUAUACGCUACAAGAAGGAUUUUCUUUUGCAACUCCGUGAUCGUACACAUGACUGGAUAUCAGAUACAAAUAUAUCUGCAGAGAUUAUAAAGCACAACAUCAGUAGUAGAUUUGGACAGAAGAGGAAACGGGGGAAGCGAGGAGGAACGCGUCUAAAACUCAGAAGGAGGAAUGCAAAAGUGCCACUUCCAACAAUCAUCUUGGCAAACGUCCGUUCGCUCAAGAGGAAAGCGGGCGAGUUGCGAGCAAACACUCGCUACUUGUAUGAAUACCGGGAGGCCCUCAUACUAGCCUUCACCGAAACCUGGCUGAAUGAUGGCGUGUCGGACUCGGAGGUUUGUCCAGAGGGCUUUUCAAUUAUACGAUUAGACCGCUGCAGUGAGACCACGGGCAAGGAGCAAGGAGGAGGGGUGUGUUUUAUGAUUAAUGACCGAUGGUGCAGGACAACGGUGAUAAGGAAAAAAUAUGCACCCCGGAUAUUGAACUUCUGUCGCUGUCCCUCCGACCGUCGUAUUUACCUCGCGAGUUCCCACAAUUAUUUUUGACUAUUGUGUACAUACAUCCAAGAGCAAAUACAGACAAAGCAGCCGACGUCAUUUAUAAUAUCAAUCAGGAGUUUGAUGAGAUUUCCCCUGAUGCACCCAAGUUUGUAAUGGGGGACUUUAAUAACUGUACCCUUAAACGUGCACUCCCCACCUAUUCCCAGUAUGUCACAUGUUCAACAAGGAACAAUAAGGUUAUAGACUUGUGCUAUGGAUCCAUUCCGAAGGCAUAUUCAUCCUGUGCAAAAGCACCCCUGGGUAGCUCAGACCACAAUAUUAUUCUGCUGACACCCACUUAUAAGCAGGUUCUAAAACGAGUCAAACCUACUGUGAAGCAGACUCAGGUUUGGCAGGAGGAUAGUGUGGAGACUCUGAAAGGGUGCUUUGAGUCUACAACAUGGAGCACCUUUGAAAACUCCUCUGCCGACCUGCAUGAGAUGACAGAGGUCAUUUCAGGUUAUAUAGACUUCUGUGUGGAGACACUGAUUCCCAAAAAGACCAGUAGGGUGUACCCAAAUAAUAAACCCUGGGUGACUAAAGAGUUGAAGGGGGUAUUAAACGAGAAAAAGAGGAUAUAUGCUUUGGGAAGUAAACAGGACAUGAAGGAGUUACAAAGAAAAGUUAACAAGGAGAUCUACAAAGCUAAAUGCCAGUACAGAGACAAGGUGCAAGAGAAAUUAAUGGCUGGAGAUUCAAGGGCUGGAUGGACUGGUAUUAAGUUGAUGGCAAAUGCCCCAUACAAGACAAACAAAAGCUCAGAACAACAUACAGAUGAUAGAGCACGCUAUCUGUUGGCCAAUUACUUGAAUGAAUUUUUCACCCGUCAUGAGCAUAUGGCCAGUGGCAGUAAUUCCAUUUUGCUACAGGAUGGGUUACAGGACAAUGGGGCAGUGGGAAUAUUCAACAUUUAAGGAGGAUACAGUGCGGCGGGUGUUUGAGAUGAUCAACAUCCGAAAGAGUCCUGGGCCUGAUAAUAUAGGAGGCAAGGUGCUGAGAUACUGCUCAGCCCAAUUGAGUGGGGUCUUUUGCUACCUUUUCCAACACUCAUUGGAUACUCAGGUGGUACCACGUAUUUGGAAAAAAUCAUACGUGGCCCCCCUUCCCAAAGUCCCUUAUCCAUCUUCUCCCAAGGACUACAGACCCAUUUCCCUCACCUCACUUGUAGUCAAAUCAUUUGAGAGGAUUGUCAAAACCCACAUCAACUCUUGCCAGCAAGCCCUUGACCCAUUACAAUUUGCAUAUAGGCGUGACAGAGGAACAGAUGACGCAAUUGUCACACUUUUGGAUUAUUUGUAUAUGCACUUGGAAGGUUUUAAGACACAUGCUCGUGUCCUUUUUGCUGACUUUUCGUCAGCUUUUAAUACCAUACACCCACACGUUUUAGCUGAAAGAUUAAAAAAAGAAUUCCGCUUUGAUUUUAAAUUAAGUGGACUAUGGACUUUUUGCAGGGCAGAGCACAGCAGGUGAAGGUAGGCAACGUCUUGUCAGAUGUUCGACUUGCCUCUAUUGGAACUCCACAAGGUAGUGUUCUUUCACCCUUGCUGUUUAUUUUGUAUACCGACAGCUGUCGUAGUAGUCACCCUGGUUGCCACAUAAUUAAAUAUGCAGAUGAUACAGCCUUGGUAAGCUUACUGAACCAUAAUGAGGCCACGCAUGGUCCAGCACUGGAGGAAUUUGUCAACUGGUCUGAAAUGUCUAACCUGCAUCUCAGUAUAUCUAAGACGAAAGAGCUGAUCUUUGAUUUCAGACAAAAAGUCUUACCAGCGCCCCCCCUCAGUUAUUGGAGGAGAGGAGAUUGAAGUGGUAAUGGACUAUAAAUAUCUUGGUCUAAUUAUAGACCACAAAUUAUCAUGGGACAGUUGUGCAGAUGCAAUUUAUAAAAAGGGUCAACAGCGUUUGUAUUUCCUAAGGAAACUUAACUUUUUUAAUGUUGACAAUACAAUUAUGACGUUAUUUUACAAGUCUUUUAUUGAAAGUAUUCUUUGCUAUGGUAUUGUAUGCUGGUAUGGUCACUCCAAAGUGACGCACAAAAGUAAACUGGGUAAAAUCAUUAAAACAAGUGGGAAAAUAAUGGGGUGUUAGCAAAAAGAGCUUAAUAACCUUUACCUGGAUAGAUUAGCCAAGAAGGCAGGCAAAGUCUGCACUGACAUUACCCACCCCCUCUCAGUUAAAUUCCAAACACUUCCCUCAGGACGUAGAUACAGAUACCCUAACAUCAGAACAAAUAGAGCAAAGAACUCCUUCAUCCCCAUGGCAAUUAAUCAAUUGAACAAGAUAUGGGAGAUACAUACUUAAAACUACACUCAUAC